AUGGGGAAAAUGACGAAGAUGUUCAGUUUCAUCCUUGUCAUCACUACCCUGGUAAUGGGCAGGGAAAGCUGGGCUCUCGAGGACUGUCUCCAGGAGCAGGCGCGGCUCAGAGCCCAAGUGCGCCUGCUCGAGACCCGGGUCAAACAGCAACAGGUCAGGAUAGCGCAGCUCUUGCAUGAGAAGGAAAUCCAGCUCCUCGAUAAAGGAGAGGAGAAUAGUGUCAUUGACCUUGGAGGCAAGAGGCAGUAUGCAGAUUGUUCCGAGAUUUUCAAUGAUGGGUAUAAGCGCAGUGGAUUUUACAAAAUCAAGCCUCUCCAGAGCCCAGCAGAAUUUUCUGUUUAUUGUGACAUGUCUGAUGGAGGAGGAUGGACUGUAAUUCAGAGACGAUCUGAUGGCAGCGAGAACUUUAACAGAGGCUGGAAUGACUAUGAAAAUGGCUUUGGGAAUUUUGUCCAAAAAAAUGGUGAAUAUUGGCUGGGUAAUAAAAAUCUUCACUUAUUAACCACACAAGGAGACUACACUUUAAAAAUCGACCUUGCCGAUUUUGAAAAAAAUAGCUGUUAUGCACAAUACAAAAAUUUCAAAGUUGGAGAUGAAAAGAAUGCCUAUGAGUUGAAUAUUGGAGAAUAUUCUGGAACAGCUGGAGACUCCCUUACAGGGAAUUUUCAUCCUGAGGUGCAAUGGUGGGCUAGUCACCAAGGAAUGAAAUUCAGCACGUGGGACAGAGAUAAUGACAACUACGAAGGGAACUGUGCAGAAGAAGAUCAGUCUGGCUGGUGGUUUAACAGGUGUCACUCUGCAAACCUGAAUGGUUUAUACUACCCCGGCUCCUACACGGCUAAAACAGACAAUGGGGUUGUCUGGCACACCUGGCACGGAUGGUGGUAUUCUUUGAAAUCUGUGGUUAUGAAAAUUAGGCCAAAUGAUUUUAUUCCAAAUAUUGUUUAAUUGUCUCUGUUAGGCUUUCAUUUCUGCAAUUCAUCUUGAUUUAAAGUGAUUUGAAAAAUAGCAAUUUUGAACAUGUACGUGUAUGACGAUGGCAAUUGUGAUGUAUCCUAUUUUUCAUUCUUUCUUGCCUUUGUUACUUAAUAUACUUUCAGUAGAGCUAAUAUGUGAUAUAUUCCAAAUAA